UUCCAUCCAAAAAUCAAUCAUCAAUUUUAGUGGGCCCCUUUUUUUCAGCUCAAGAAAAAAGGGUAAGAGAGAUAAUGUCCUUGGUGUCUUCAAAGCUUAGAACAAAAUCUCUAAUAAGUUAAAAAAAAAAAGAAAGGAAAAGAAAAAAGAAGAAUAAAAGUAAAAAAAGAGAGGCUUUUAGUGAUUUGAGCAUGAAUGCAGAUCUUGUUUGAAUUCUUGAAUGCUGCUGCUGAGAUUAGUAAUGGGCUCUUUUAAGCUACUUUGUACAUAUGGGAUUUUAGUUUUGGAAAUGAUAGCUCAGUCAAAAGUGGUGAUGAGUGGCACUCAUUUGCAGCAAUGUGAAUUCCAGGCAGUAUACAACUUUGGAGAUUCAAAUUCAGAUACCGGUGGAAUAUCAGCAGCAUUAUCAGAGGUCACUUCACCUAAUGGUGAAACGUUCUUUGGACAUCCUGCAGGAAGAUUUUGUGAUGGUCGUCUCAUCAUAGAUUUUUUAGAUAAGGGAAUCCAAGAAAAGAAAAUGAUAUCUUCCAAAUACCAACUUAUCUUUUCUGCUGAGAGAGUGAAGUUACCAUAUCUUAGUCCGUACCUGGAUUCCGUAGGGACUGAUUUCAGGCAUGGAGCCAACUUUGCAACUGGAGGUUCAUCAAUUCGUCCCGGUGGUUAUAGUCCAUUUCAUUUAGGUAUACAAAUUUCCCAAUUCAUACAGUUCAAAGCUCGCGUUACAGCUCUGUAUAAUACGCGCAGCUCCAGUGAACCAGGAAACACCCCACCAUUCAAAAGCAAUCUUCCUAGGCCUGCAGAUUUCCCAAGGGCAUUAUACACAUUUGACAUUGGACAGAACGAUCUGGCCUACGGAUUUCAACACACCACAGAAGAACAAGUUAUAAUCUCCAUUCCUGAUAUCCUGAGCCAGUUUUCUCAAGCGGUGCAUAGAUUAUAUGAGGAAGGGGCAAGAAUUUUUUGGGUGCAUAAUACAAGUCCAAUCGGUUGCUUGCCUUACAGUGCUAUAUAUAAUUCAAAGCCUGGUAACCGUGAUCAAAAUGGAUGUGUAAAGUCUCAGAAUGAGGUUGCUCAAGAGUUCAAUAAGCAGCUGAAGAAUACGGUAUUGGAGCUGACCUCCCGGCUUCUUCAUUCAGCAUUCACAUAUGUUGAUGUGUACUCGGCUAAAUAUCAACUAAUCAGUACUGCAAAGAGUCAAGGGUUUCUGGAUCCAAUGAAGUUCUGUUGUGGAAGUUACUACGGGUAUCAUAUUGAUUGUGGAAAGAAAGCCAUAGUAAAUGGAACAAUUUAUGGGAAUCCUUGCAAGAUUCCUUCAAAGCAUAUAAGCUGGGAUGGCAUACACUAUUCUCAAGCAGCUAAUCAAUGGGUAGCAGAUAAAAUCCUCAAUGGCUCUCAUUCUUAUCCGUCUUUCUCAGUUGAGGAGGCUUGUCGGCAUUUUCGGAAUUCUAGUAUGACUUGAGUCAAUCAAUGCCAUGCAACUAGUUAUACAUGAUUACAACUGAAGACCAAUUUAUUCAAUCAGUUAAACCAGUGAGCAUUGGUUAUCUGAAACUAAGGACUUGAGUUGGACAAUCAUCUCUGUAAUAUGUACUCUAUAAAACAGAAGGUCAUUCUGAUAAAUACCUUGGUACGCCAGAGUUUGAUCAUACAAAUAGUGCUCACUGAACUCAACAUUGGACUUAUCAUUUCUCUUUUUAAUUCAAUCACCAUAUUGUGUAGUUA